GAUGCAACGGUGAGUCUCUGGUUCUGUUGGGGUUCCGAUUGCAAUCACCGACGAUGCUGAGGAGGACCUCUCUUACCUCCUUCUAUUCCAAAUUUCUCAAUUCUUUUUCUUUGCGAAACGGAAACGUUUAUAAUAUUGGAUCCUUCUCCUCUUUCUCUUCUGCUUCGAAUCCCCAUGUCUGCGCUUCUUCUGCCACUGCACUUGAUCUCUCUGCUUCAGCGUCCAACUUCGUCUCCUUCACGCGCCACUAUGGAAGGUGCUAUUGGGAGCUCUCCAAAGCGCGUCUCAGUAUGCUUGUGGUUGCAACAUCUGGGACUGGAUUUGUCUUGGGGAGUAGUAGCGCUGUUGAUCUUUCAACACUUUCUUGGACUUGCUUGGGUACCAUGAUGGUUGCUGCAUCAGCUAACUCUUUGAAUCAGGUGUUUGAGAUCAACAAUGAUGCUAAAAUGAAGAGAACAAGUAGAAGGCCACUACCCUCCGGACGCAUCACAAUACCUCAUGCAGUUGGCUGGGCAUCAUCUGUCGGUGUAGCUGGGACAGCUCUGCUAGCAACACAGGCUAAUAUGUUAGCUGCUGGGCUUGCUGCUUCCAACCUGGUUCUGUAUGCAUUUGUAUAUACUCCUUUGAAGCAGAUUCAUCCUGUAAAUACAUGGGUGGGGGCUGUUGUCGGUGCUAUUCCACCACUUUUGGGAUGGGCUGCAGCUGCUGGUGAUAUUUCACUAAACGGAAUGAUUCUUCCAGCUGCUUUGUAUUUCUGGCAGUUACCACAUUUUAUGGCCCUAGCCUAUUUGUGUCGCGAUGACUAUGCUGCAGGAGGGUUUAAGAUGUACUCUCUUGCUGAUGCAUCUGGGCAGAGAACAGCAUUGGUGGCUUUAAGGAACUCUAUAUAUCUAAUCCCUUUGGGAUUCUUGGCUUAUGAUUGGGGUGUGACUUCUGGAUGGUUUUGUCUUGAAUCCACCGUACUCACACUUGCAAUAAGCGCUGCCGCUUUUUCAUUCUAUAGAGACCGCACUAAAGAAAAAGCCAGGAGAAUGUUCCAUGCCAGUCUUCUCUAUCUCCCUGUGUUUAUGUCUGGGCUUCUGAUACACCGUCGUUCCGAUGAUCAACAAUUCAUAGAAGAUAAAGUGAAGGGUUUUGUGAAAUCUUCAUCCUCUGUGGAAAUUUCAGAGCUGGAAGAUAAAAAUGGUAACCAGAAGGUCAAGGGCAGGCAUCCCCAUCAGACUCAGGCACGUCCACCUGUGGCGUAUGCCUCUGUUGCACCCUUUCCCUUUUUGCCUGCUCCUUCAUAUAACUACUUCCCUUGAUUAUUUAUCAGGUGUUAGUAUUUUGUAUGACUUAACAUUUUGUCAUCCAGUUUUGUUUGGUUGAUUUAAUAUAUUCAUUGAAAUGGUAUUCUUAUUGGCUGUUUAAGCCGUAAAUGUUGUUUUAUGUGCCGCAAUAAAAAAUUGCAGAAGCAUUAGUAAUCUGAAAUAAAUGAUCUUUUCGUUUCUU